CGAUUUCUCGAAAUGGUUCUGGAAUUGACUAUCAUUCCCGGAAUCGGGUUGUGGCACAUCCACGGACAUCAGGACAGCUGCUAUGUCCGAUAUGCGUCGAAUUUUAUUGAAGGCAUCGGUCAGAUUGAUGGAGAGAUCAUGGAGACCCUAUGGUCACGUCUCAACCUGAUUUCCCCUGCUGCUCAGGGAAUGUCAUCCCCGCAUUGA